CCGCGGUGGCUACCCUGGCCAACCGGUGAAGCACGGAGGUAACAGCAACGAUCAUCGAAGCCACGGUUUAUUACCGGCCAAAGGACCACCCCCGAAUUCACCGGGGAACGGCACGCUCGUUGGCAAUUCGAAUAUCGGGAAUUCCAGCGGCAGCAGGCUUCACUGUGCCAGCAGCAGACUGUCCAGGUUACCUCUCGAUAACGGAGCAAACACGAGGCCAGGUCCCACCGAGAACUCGGCCGAUGUGGAGAACAUUCUAAAGGAAAUGACCAUGCCGCCCACGCCUCUGACGGCCAUCGCCCAGACGCCGAGGAAGGAACUCGAGUCGAAGUUCACGUUCAAUCCCGUGCUAGCAAAGUUGACCGAAGUGACGCCGCAGGAAGCCACGAAGCCUCAGCGCGAGAGGCACAACGCCAACAGGCUAUCCGCGGAUUUGGAGCGGGAUCUGAGCCUCUCGGAGGACAGCGACGAUGAGCCCAGCAAGGAAACGUCAUCGCGAACGACGAGGGGAAACAGAAGCCCCGACCUCACGGUCGACCUGUCUACGCCGUUGAUACCAGCGAUGACACCAGCUCCACCGCCCCUGGCGCCAAUGUCGCCCAUGGGUCUGUCACCUGUGGGUCCUCUGUCGCCCACGAGGCCGCUCAGUCCAGCGAGACCUUCGUCACCGCCUAAGCAGAUGACGCCGGAGCAAGUGUUGUCGCCUCCACCGGUCAGCCCGCUGCAAUCCAAGGGUUCUCCGAGCCCAACGAUUCAUCAGAGACCACCUAGUCCUCCUGGUCAAGCGCCGCAGAGCUCGGGAAGCGCUAGUUCCAGCUCUGACUCGGGAUCUGACUCCGGCUCGGAUAGCAGCGACGAUUCCGAGGACGAGACCAGCACACAGCCUGCCAAGGGUCCAUCCACGCCUCCGUCUGUCUCACCAAAGAACGACAAUCUGAUCGAGGAACCACCACCUGCGAUCGAGGAGUCGAAACCAAGGUGGAACCUUAGCUCGUUCUUCAACAAGACCGCCGUGCCACACGGGGAUCAGAACACGGAGAACAAGCAGACGCAGGAGUGCAACAGGCGGGAAGGUUCUUCCCCAGCGGCGGCGCCUGACGUUAGAACGAAAGCAGCUCACGAUUGGCAGCUAGACGAGGCUCUGAAAAGAACCCACAACGCGACAAUCAUCAGCUUGCUCGACAGCGACAGCGAUCGUCCCUCGGACCAAGAGAAGAGCCAACCUGUCGAAGAGAAUCGUGUGCAAGUGGAGAAACCAAAGGUAGCUGACACGAGGAAACGUGGACGACCUAGGAAACCGACGAAGAGUCCUAAAGGUGGUCACAGAACGUCCGAGGAGAAUGUGAAGAAUGGAAAACCUCGCAGUAGAACGAGAGGCGUAGGUAGUCCUAUGAAGAAGAAGGCGCCACUCUCUAAACCCACCAUCACGACCAGUGACGAUGGAAGUGACGACAGGUCGCAGGGUGCAUCUAGCGAUUCCGACAGCGAUCGACCGACCAGGGUGUCUCCGGUAGUACCGCCCGCUAUCACCGAGAAGAGAAGGUCCAGGUUGAGCGGAUCUUCCAGCGAGGACGAGAGCCCGACGAACGGGAAGACGAACAGUGCCUCCGAGGACGAUACCACGCGCUGGAGAAGGGUGCCUAUCAAGAGAAGUAAACUGGCUGACUCGCCUAAGAAACAGGAGAAGAAGAAGAGCCCGGCGAAAGCGAAACCCAGGAGGUCUAGCUCGCGGGUGACUAACGUUGGCGGGUCAGAUUCUGACAGCGAGUCCGAGAUGUCGGUGAGGAAUCGCAUCCAGGUUGCCAGGGUACCUCCAAGGCCAAGGGCACCACCGACCAGGGCAACUUCUCCGGAGAAUUCUGACAGCGAUAACAGUCCAGGCCCGAAGUUACAAGAGGAGGACGCGGGUAACGUGCAGGACAAGAAGAAGAGCGACACUCUUCGUAAGGUGUUCUCGUCGUCGAUGGGCGGUGGGAAAGGUGGUGGAAAGGGAGGUAAAGGUGGCAAAGGUGGAGGAAAGUGUGGUAUCUACGUGGAAGAGUACACUACUUCUGCGAACACGCCUACAGGAGGGGAGAGUCCGUACAAGAGACCCUCGUCCCAGGCGUCCAGCCUGAUACAGUCUUUCCCGCCUCUCACUUACGUGAACGGCGUGCCGAGUUUAUUCUGCAGGAUCGAGCUGAGUAGAGUACCGCAUAUAUCGCAGCUAUCGAGAGGGCAAGAGUUGAGACAACGCACGGAACUUCCGGACACGAGGCCGUCCUCGAGGCAGGCCUCUACGUUGGCCGUGCAACCUCCUCGGCCGCCGACACCAGAAGAAGGGGAAAUUGUCGACACGCCACCGCCUCAACCGCUCGCCACGGACACGAGGAUCCACGGUGACGCGUUGCUAGUCGAUGGUGACCUUAAGAAUCGCGCUGUGAUCAAGGGCGAGCCUAUAUCGGACACGAAGAAUAAUUGCGGCAUCGGCCUGGGCGCCGGUGUCGUCGGUGGAGGUGCUAGUGGAGGUGGUAGUGGUGCUAGUGGUGCGGGUAGCGCGCCCAAGAGGAAACGUAAUCCGAGUUGUAGUUCUGUGUCCAGUUUGAGUACUGUGUGUUCCGUGGAGACGAAGACAAAAGGGUCGGUUGAGCACAAAGAGAGGAAGAAGAAAAAGAGAAAACACACGGACGUUGAAGCUAUCGCGUCUAGGCCAUCUUCCAGUCAGCAAAGUGAUAUACAACCAACGAACCACGAACGGGAAGAAAAGCCUGAUACCAGUUUGUUGCCGCCACCACCCCCGCCUCAGCGCGUCUAUUAUUCCUACUUCAAUCCUCAGAAUGAAGUUUUGGAGGAUCAGGAUAGGUGGGACCAGAAUCAGUACCUGAUGGAAGCGAAACGGCUGAAGCACAGCGCCGACAAGGAGUGCGAGCUCACGGCGCAGGGUAUGCUUUACCUGGAAGCCGUUCUGUGUUUCCUGCUCACCGGCAACGCCAUGGAGUCGGAUCCUCUCACGGAGAGGGCGUCGUUCACCAUGUACAAGGAUACUCUCAGUCUCAUCAAAUACAUCUCGUCGAAGUUCAAGAGCCAGCAGAACAACUCGCCGGAGAGCAGUAUACAUAACAAGCUGGCCAUUCUAAGUCUCUUUUGCCAGUCCCUCAUAUACUUGAAGCUGUUCAAGAUGCGCAAACACGAAGUGAAAGAGACCCAAAAAAUCCUCACCGACUAUCAUCAAAAGCCUGCACAGGCGACACCGGUACAACCAGAGGGACAAGGAACACCUUCUUUAUCACCGACGCCAUCGCCAGCCGGUUCCGUGGGCUCGGUCGGCAGCCAGAGUUCCGGAUACAGCAGCGGCGAAUUAGCGAAUCGUGGAGCAGCUUCGGGUCAACCUCAGGCAGCGCCGUACGUCAGCGUUCCACUCGGCGUUCACAACGCUAUGGCCAAGCAAAACUAUCAGUUCAGCUUGCUGUUAAGCUGUCACGAUCUCUGGGACCAGGCGAAUGCUCUGGUGACGGAUAAACAUAGAGAUUUCUUCAUCGAGCUGGAUGAAAAAUUGGGACCCCUCACGUUGAAGAGCUCGUUGCGCGACCUCGUGCGCUACGUUCAAGCCGGUAUAAAGAAGCUUCGAGAUCUCUGACCACAGUGGCAUAGCCCCCGACCACCCACCCCGAAUUACAUCACUUCUCUCCCGCAGAAUAUGGCCACGUAUCCAACGAUGUACACGUAAGGAUGUGUCUGAACGAGACUCUUCGUGGGCUUCUUUUGGAAAACGUACGAUCGUCGAGAUCGUAUAUUGUCGAAACAGCGUCGUAAACGGCAAUGUUGGGAAGAGAGGCGUUGAAUAAACGAAGAAACACAAAAGGAGAGAAGUUGGGUAUACUCUCAGCGGACAAAAUCGCUGUUUCCCGUGGGGUGCAAGAUUUCGGUGGUCUGGGGGAGCAACGGAGGAAGGCGUUGUAUCCGAUCGCGAGGAGAUCGUCGAUUACUUACUCGCACUUAGAAGAGCUCUAAUCACGUUUCUCCGUUCACGGGGGUUCACGGGACCGCGCCCCGGCAUUUUUUAACAAACUCCUAGCACCAACUUUAUAGUCAAUUCAGAGUUACUCGUCUAAACGGAUAGACGGCCAGGAGAGGGAGGAUGAUUGUUACGGAUACGCAAUCGAUGCGUAGAGAGAGAGAGAGAGAGAGAGAGAGAGAGAGAGAGAGAGAGAAACCUCCUGUAUUCUAUGCGUAGCACGCGUUACUUAUUUUCGAGAGGAGAAUCGAAUGCGUUGCCGGCGAGAUACGCGUACCGGCAACAUUGAUAUAAAACGGAGAAUAAAAGAAUAGCGAUGGAAAUGAGGAGAAGAAAUGGAAGAGGAGGAGGAGUAGUAGUAGUAGUAUAACGUUGGAGAGAUAAAAAGAAAAUAAAGAAGCGAGGGAAAAUAAUUCGUCCCUAUUUUUUUCGGAAUAUAAUCAUUUUUGUAAAUUGAAGAUGAGACGAAAUGGAGGAUGAACGAAGAGGAAGAGGUGGGAGUUAGAGACCGAAAUUGGGGAGGAGAAACGACGAAGAAGGAAUAAGAAGUGCCACAGAAGCGCCCGUGUGUUCUCGCUUUACGGUGCGCCGCAGCCGACGUUACCUGAAGCAUGAGUUUCGUCUUGGCGAUUCGAGUGCGACGAAUAC